AUGAACAUUCAGUGGUGCUUUGUCCAGGACGACCUUGGCCGCGGUGAUGUCGUAGGAGGCCACGUCUCCUUGCGCGUCCUUGAUCGCAUAUACAGCAAGAUCACCCUAGUCCGGCUUUCGGCCGUUAUUGUCCGAGCCGGUCAAGGUCACCACAUUGGGGAACACCUUCUCGUACUUGUCGUGCAGCUUCACGGAAGGCAGGUUCUGCGCCUUCAUUGCCCAGUCCGCUGGCGGUGCGGGGAGCGACGAUAUCUUAAAGGCGGCCGAGUUCGCACCGCGAGAGAGCGCCUCCUUCGAGGCAGAAGAAGCCUCCGCAGGCACGGACUCCGCGGGCACAGACUCCGCGGCCGCAGCCUCUCCUCCGUUCAGCUGAUUGCUAUUAGAAAAAGGCAUCGGCAUCGAGCCCAGUGUGUCUCAGUCCGGCCCAAAGUGGCAAAGCUCGGGCGUGUCCUCGCCUCCGCCGAGGGUGGCCGUGGCUUCGACACCACUGUACCCCUUCAUCUGGUAGAGAGGAAAUGCAUUCUUGAUGUCAUGGCCGUAGUUGUUGCCCUCGGCGUAUGA